AUGGAGGACGAACAUGAUCAACAAGGGGACACUAGCUCGUCAACUCUCUCUUCAGCCCCAUCUCUCGUUGAAUCUGAUGUUCUACCGACAGAUUCCCAGAGCACCCAAUCUCCAGAAGAAAAGGAAAGGGAGGAAGAGAGCAAACCCAACACAGCCUCUUCCGGCGGGCGGACGCGAAAGGCUGCAUCGCACCCAGCCGCAAAGCCAGCUUCCACCGUGACCAUCAAACGCGCAACCAAGGCCCGAAAAUGGGACGCUGAAAAUAUCAUCAUCGAUCCGAAGUCGCCCCUCGCAAAGGCCGAUCUGAGAAGACUUCUGGCAAACCCAAUGGCAUGGGAUGUACUCGAUGCCGCUGACAAGGCAGAGAUACUCGCCUUGUUCCCAGACAAGGAGCACAUUCUCGACCCAGAGAGUGAGAAUGCGCGACCCAAUUUGAUGUCGCUGAUGAAUGAUGACACCUUCCGCCACGAUUGUGCCACUUACACUGAGAAUAUCGCCUUAGGUCAUUUUGAUCCGGAGUGGCUCGCAAGCGCUUGGUCAGCGCAUGAGCGACGCAAGUUGGGCGAUUUUGACGAGCAUCUGGCAGACAAAUUCGAAGCUGAGUGGAAGGUUCAACUUCCACAAGACUUCAAGCCAAAGCGGCAAGUGAGCCGCGGCAGCAAUCAAAAUGAAGCCAUCAACGGGGAGAAUAAAUCAUCAGAGGCGACCUCACGGGAAACACAAGAUGGAGACGGCGGCCCGGGUGGCAGCGAAAUGAAAGACAUGGGAAACGAAACCCCGACCAAAGUAGCGAGAUGCGAUGGAGCCGACAGCGACGCCAUGUCAAUCGACGAACUACAAGCAGACGACCCCCAGCCUAAAGAAACACCAACUCCCUCCUCCUGGAAGCAGAGACGGGGCUCAACGAUCAACGUAGCUGGGACCGCAGAUGAGAAGGACGAGCUAGCAUAA